AUGGGAGCUUAAUGUUGCACUUUGCCAACUAAAUUAACUGUUGAUGAAAUAGACAUAGAUAGUCAAAAUUUAAGAGGAAGUUAUCACACUCAAUCUAAAAAAUCUAUUAUAAAGAAAGAUUAAAAAAGUGAUGAGGAAAUAUUUAAUAAUCAAAAAGAAAAAUAUGAGGAUUUUUAGAUUCUUGGCUCUGCAUCUUUAGAUUUAAGAUAGAAUUAAGAUUAAGUUGUUUGUUCUAAUAAAUUAUUUCAGAAAGAAGAAAGCCAAAUAGAAUCAAGUAUUUUAGAUCUAUCGAAGUAGCUAUCCAAAAAAGUAAAUUUCAGAGGAAAAUAACAAAUUCUUCAGUUGGCUCUUUAAAAUUAGGAGCAGAAGUGUUCAUCAAUCUUAAAGCAGGUAGCAUUCAUAAAUAUUAUGAUACUGGAGAAAUCUUAGGGUAAGGAGCUUAUGGAAAGGUUUGGAAAGUGACGCAUAAAAAUACUGGUAAAAGUAGAAUUGAUUGAUUUCAGGCAUGAUAAGAGCGAUGAAAGAAUUGAAAAAAAAAUCAAUAAUAGUAGAAGAGUAACAAAGAUUAUUUGCAGAAAUGAAUAUUUUAAAGAAUUUGGAUCAUCCUCAUAUAGUUAAAUUAUAUGAGUUAUAUUAAGAUUAAAAUAACUAUUAUCUAAUAACUGAAUAUUUAUCAGGAGGUGAAUUGUUUGAUAGAAUAAAAGAAUUUAAUUAUUUUAGUGAAAGAAAGGCAGCUGAAUUAAUGAGGUAAAUCUUAUCAGCAGUUGUUUAUUGUCAUUAGAGAAGUAUAGUUCAUAGAGAUCUAAAACCAGAAAAUGUUUUAUUUGUUAAUGAUACUUAAUUAUCUCCCAUAAAGAUUAUAGAUUUUGGAACAUCUAGAAAAUAUGAAUAAAAUUAAAAAAUGACUAAAAAAUUAGGAACAGUAUUAUAUAUUACUAAUAUAUUAGGCAUAUUAUAUAGCUCCUGAAGUAUUAAAGUAAGAAUAUAAUGAAAAAUGUGAUGUUUGGUCAUGUGGAAUCAUUUUAUACAUACUUUUAUGUGGAUAUCCUCCAUUUACAGGUAAAAAUGAAGAUGAAAUAAUGUAGAAAGUAUGUGAAGGAGACUUAAUUUUUGAGUGUAAUAUUUGAUUAUCGACAUUAGAUUAGAAGAAGAUUGGGAAAUGAUAUCCACUGAAGUUAAGGAUCUAGUAAGAAAUAUGUUAUAAGUUGACCCAAACAAAAGAUAUUCUGCAUUAGAAGCAUUAUCAGAUCCAUGGAUUAAAAAGAAUUAAUCUAGUACUAAAGUAAAUAAAUCUGCAUUACAUAAUUUGUAAAAAUUUUAAGUACAUUUUUAAAUAAAAUCAAUUUAGGCAUAAUCUGUUUUUACUUAAGCUGUUCUUUCAUACAUUGCUUGUUAAAUGACAUCUUAAUAAGAAUAAGAUGAAUUAGCUAAAUCUUUCUAAUUCUUAGAUAAAAAUGGUGAUGGAAUUUUAUCAAGGGAGGAAUUAAUAGAAGGUUACAUUUCAGUUUUUAAAAAUAAACAAUAAGCAAUUUAAGAAGUUGAUAAAAUUUUAUCAAUUGUCGAUAUAAAUUAAAGUGGAUAGGUAGAUUUUUCUGGUAACUUUUAUCAUAUUAUUAUUAUCAGAAUUUUUGAUGGCAGCUAUGAAUUAAGAAAAAUUAGUGUCUUUGGAUAAAGUUAAAGCUGCCUUCAAAAUUUUUGAUGCAAAUGAAGAUGGGAAGAUAUCAAAAAAGGAACUUGAAAUGAUGAUUGGAACAAUAGAGGAUGAUAUUUGGUAAUAAAUUCUUAUAGAAUGUGGAGCAUAAGGUGAAAUAACAGAAAAAUAAUUUAUAAACAUUCUUUUGCAUUAAAAGUAUUGA